AUGGCUUUUUCUUGGUAUCGCCUAGCUGUGCCGCUUUGUUUUGCGAUGUUAUCGGUUAUUGUCGCUAUCAUUGGACACCAUCAGGCGAUGCCGCCUCCUCUGCCCGCCGCCCUUGGUGUGUGCACUCUGGUCGGGAUGGCACUCAUUAUGAGGGACAUAAGCUCGAAAAUGAAAGGUGAAAACCGGACGUGGAGCGGUCUACUCGGUCAGUAUCUGGCGUUGAAGGGAAUGGGCUGGCUGGGCAGGCGACAGAGAAAGAAACUCGAAGCCGAUACACUCAACGUGAAGCGGGUCCAAGAGGAAACUCUGCUGAAGCGCCUGCACAAACACGCCAACACAUGUUAUGGAAGACGGUAUGACUUCAACUCAAUACAAGACAGUGAUGGCUUCCGGGCGUGUCACCCCAUCACCACAUACGAGCACUACCGGGAGCUCAUCAGUUGCAUCGCGGCAGGAGAGGAGAAGGUGAUCAUUGCUGAGAAGCCGCUCAUCUUGGCCAUGACCUCUGGGACGUCGGGAGCCAGCGCCAUGCUACUCAGCACCAGAGACACCAACUCUGAGUUCUUCCUGCAGGGAGUGACUGUGUGCUUGGAUGCCAUGGGAGGAGCAUUUCCUGCGACCGACAGUCUACAGCGCACCACCAAGUUCUUCUAUUCACCUACUUUUCGCCAGUCUGAGGCCGGUAUUCCCAUCGGACCAAACUCCUCCACACCAGCCUCCUCGCGUCACAUGCUCAACCUCUACACCACCCCAGCACCCGCCUUUGAGGUUCCUAGUGAGAAAGACACCCUCUACCUGCAUCUCCUGUUUGCUCUCAAAGAUCCCAGCGUGGGAACACUGGAGUCCAACUUUGCUUCCACAGUCUUCUAUGCUUUCAGUGCUUUACAAGAUCGCUGGCAGGAGCUUGUUGAGGACAUUGAACAAGGGAAGGUCAGCAGUGCUUUGGCUCUGGAGCCCAAAGUGAGGUGCAGGCUCGAGGCUCUGAUGAAGCCAGACCCAGAGAGAGCCGCUCAGCUCCGGGCCCACUUCCAGGACGGCUUCCGUGGGAUAGCCAGGCGGCUGUGGCCUCACCUCCACCUAGUGCUGGCAGUGGACUCGGGCUCCAAUCAGAUCUAUGGGGAAAUGCUGAGGGAGAGCUACUGCCAGGGAGUGCCUUUCUAUUCGCCUUUCUACGCUGCUACUGAAGGUCUAAUAGGGGUGAACCUGUGGCCCCAGGAGCCAAACAGACACUACAUGCUGUGUCCUCGUUCAAUGUUCUGUGAGUUCCUGCCAGAGAGCAGCCUGGAGGAGGAGACGCCUCGCACUCUGCUGAUGGAGGAGGUGAAGAAGGGACACAACUAUGAGCUCGUCAUCACAAACGCUUCUGGACUGUUCAGAUAUCGCAUUGGAGACAUUGUGAAAGUAGUUGGAUUCCACAACCAGUGUCCCAUAGUUGAGUUUCAGUACAGACGGGGUCAAAUGUUGAGUGUACGAGGGGAGAAAGUGUCUGAGGCAUUGUUCCUUAACGCUUUGAAGAAAGCUGUUGCUCAGUGGCCGGGAGUUCAGCUGGUCGACUACUGCUGCGCUGAGAGCGGCAUCAUGGGGGAUUCAAUAGGCGGCUCAGAUCCUCAUUACCAGGUCUUUAUCGAGUUGAAAGGUGUUAGAAACCUCACAGAGAAACAGCGAUACAAGUUGGACAUCUGUCUCCAGGAGGACUCGGUGGUCUACAAGUCUUUCCGUAUCAAAGGCAGCAUCGGACCAAUGAGGGUGCAACUGGUGGCGGAGGGUGCGUUCAAAGAACUUCGCAAGCACAUGAUGGCCUUCUCGAGCACCUCACCCAACACCUUCAAAAUGCAACGAGUGCUGCGAAGGAAAGAGUUUGCUGACUUCCUCUUGGGAAAAACCGUCUCCUGAAACCUCCUGUUGUCGUGGAGAACAAUUCAAAGCUUGUGGACUCUGACUGUGGUGAGCACUGACUGACCGGCCUUUUUUUAAAUAUAUAUAUAAUUAAUUAGGUGAUUAAUUGUGCCUUUGGGAACUCCUAAACACAAAACAUUUUUGUACUUUUGACAAUUAAAAAUGAUCAUCUGACUGUUUUUAUUUUCUCAUAUAAACAUUAAACAUAUUUAUAAUUGUAUUAAAGUGAACUACAACUAAACUGUUAUUGUGGAAUUGUUUAAUUCCAUAAAAACGCUAUUUAAAUUCUCUCUUUAUGUUAUUAUUGUGUUGCCUUAAUAUUAGUGGGGUAAUAAUCUUGAG